GGAGGGGGCGUGUACUGUCACUGGUUGAGCUUCUGUUACAUAAACCGAUUGAAGCUGUGACCACCGGGCAGGAGCUUCAAGAUUUGCCCUUCCAGACCUAUUGGCAGACUGUGGGCCGAAGAUCAAGCAGUGUUUCCAUAGGAAGGAUUUUAAGCGCAAAGAUGGCGGCUUCCUUGCUGAGGAUAGGGCGACUUGGCUCUCUCAAGUGCGUGCAGGCAGAGAGCUGGAGCUCUUUGAGGAGAGCUCCUGCAGCUGUUGCCCUAUGCACGAAAGCUGGUGGUCCCAAGAAGACCAAGAAGAGCAGCUCAGAAAAAAAGUCCCAGGGCAAAACAUACUUCGAUAUAGAGAAGCUUGUCCCACACAGAACAUAUGUGGAAUUUCCCAAGAAAGACGCAACAGCAGCAGCAGCUGCUGCCGCAGCAGAACUUGCUGCCACCCCCAAACCUGUUGUUGAAGCAGUUGCCGCAGAGCCAAUUGUCGCCGCCACUGCGGCUGAAGCUGUAGCAGCUCCCGCUGCAGUCGAAGCCACACCUGUCGUCGAAACCGUUGCCCCCUCCGAUGAAGCAGUUGCUGAAGCCGACGCUCCUGCAGCCGAGGCCGUCCCUGUUGAAGCCGCUGCCCCUGCUUCAGCCACUGCUCUGGCAGCUGAAGCCGCCCCCGUUGUUGAAGCCAUUGCAGCUGAAGCCGCCCCCGUUGUUGAAGCUGUUGCAGCUGAAGCUACCCCUGUUGCUGCACCUGAAGCUGUUGCAGCUGAAGCAGCCACUGCCCCUGCUCCAGCCACUGCCCCUGCUCCAGCCGCUGCUCCGGCAGCUGAAGCUGCCCUCGUUGUUGAAGCCAUUGCAGCUGAAGCCGCCCCCGUCGUUGAAGCUGCUGCCCCUGCUCCAGCCACUGCUCCGGCAGCUGAAACCGCCCCCGUUAUUGAAGCCAUUGCAGCUGAAGCCGCCCCCGUUGUUGAAGCUGUUGCAGCUGAAGCUGCCCCUGUUGCUGCACCUGAAGCCGUUGCAGCUGAAGCCGCCCCCGUCGUUGAAGCCAUUGCAGCUGAAGCUGCCCCUGUUGUUGCACCUGAAGCAGCCCCUGUUGUUGAAGCUGUUGCAGCUGAAGCUGCCCCUGUUGCUGCACCUGAAGCCGUUGCAGCUGAAGCCGCCCCCGUCGUUGAAGCCAUUGCAGCUGAAGCCGCCCCCGUCGUUGAAGCCGCUGCUCCAGCCACUGCCCCUGCUCCAGCCGCUGCUCCGGCAGCUGAAGCUGCCCCCGUUGUUGAAGCCAUUGCACCUGAAGCAGCCCCUGUCGUUGAAGCUCCUGCCGAAGCUGUUGCCCCUGUACCCGAAGCCGCACCCACUGUUGAAGCUGCACCUGCAACCGCUCCAGUUGUCGACGCCGAAGCCGCACCUGCAGCCGAAGCCCCCGUUGAGGCCGUUGCACCAGCAGCUGAAGCCCCAGCAGAAGUUGUUGCUGAAGCUGCCCCUGUUGAAGCUGCGGCUGAAGCCCCUGUUGAAACCGUAGAAGCUGACCCAGUUGAAGCUGCCCCCAUUGAAGCUGCGGCUGAAGCUCCUGUUGUAGCGGAGGUUGUGGCUGAAGCUGCUGCAGAGGUUGUAGCUGAAGCAGCCCCAGUUGAAGCUGCCACCGAGGAGCUGGUAGACACCGCCCCUGUAGUGGCAGAGGCUGCAGGAGAGGAGCUGAUUGCAGAGGCCCCAGCUGAUGCAGUACCGACUGAGGCGUCUGAGGCUCAACUGGACCCAAUCCAGAAGCUAUUCCUGGAUUCGAUCCGCGAGUAUUCCUCAAAGAGCGCGGCUAGUGGUGGUUUGGUAGAUGCAGGCCCUGCAUAUGAGAAGAACUUGGCAGAAGAGCUGACUAAACUCCAGAGGCUGUAUGGCGGUGGAGACCUCACAGCUUUCCCAGAGUUCAAGUUCACAGAGCCCAAGUUGGAGGAAGUUGCCCCGAAGUAAACAUCACCAGUCAUCUUUUCUACUGUUGCCUUUUCCUGUGAAUCUGUUCUAUGAAGCGAACAUCUAAUAAUAAAUUACAAUGGCUACUAUAUAAAAUCAAUUAUAACAUAAUUUACAUUCAUUUUGUAUGUGGGGGAUAGAGCUGUUUCCGUAUAUCUAGAAAUUCUCUGCGAAUUAGUCUGUAUUAGAUGCAUGUGUUGGAGGACAAGUUGAUGCUGAACUUUGAGCUGUGAAAUAUGCUUUUGCAUAGGAUGAUCCAGAAAUGUUUCAGUUGGAUAAGGGAAAAAAUAAACUCUGGUCCAUAUUGUUUUA